AUGGUACAUCAACCACAAGCUUGGUGUGAAGUAUAUGGAAGCGGAGAUCACAGUGCUGAGGGCAUUCCUAAGUAUGCCAAAUAUGUGAAAGAUGUGGUAGCUAACAAGAGUAGAUUAACUAAGUAUGCAACAGUAGCACUCACGGAGGAGUGCAGUUCUAGGAUCCAGAAUAGGAUCCCAACUAAGUUGAAAGAUCCAGGGAGUUUCACUGUUCAGAUAAAAAUUGGCAAAUGUGUUAAGGCAAGAGGUUUGUGCGAUUUGGGCGCGAGUAUCAAUUUGAUGCCUACUUCCAUAUUUCUCAAAUUAGGACUAGGAAGACCAAAGUCCACAACUAUUAUGUUGCAGUUAGCGGACCGUUCAGUGUCAAGGCCAUAUGGCGUUAUUGAAGAUGUCUUGGUUCAAGUGGGAACUCUGAUUUUCCCCGUGGACUUUGUCAUUUUGGAUUUUGAACCUGACCCAGAGGUCCCAUUUAUUUUGGGUCGCCCAUUUCUAGCAACCGGAGUUGCAUUAAUUGAUAUGGCAGCCGGUAGACUAACAAUGAGGGCUCGUGACAAGGUCGAGGUAUUUGAUGUUUACAAGGCAAUGAAGUUGCCUGCAAUAUAUGAGGAGCUGUCUGCAAUUGCAGUCAUUGAUGAGGCAAUGACAUCUAAAUAUGUUGAAGCCCAAGACCCUUUAGAGAAAGUAGUCCUGGGACCACCUCCCAAGUCGUCGAUUGAAGAAGCACCAAAGUUAGAGUUAAAGGCUCUCCUUUCUCAUCUCAGUUAUGCAUUCUUAGGUGCCAAUAAAUCUUUACCUGUAAUCCUUUCUUCUGCUUUGUUUGAAUUGCAGGUUGAGGCAUCUCUGAAAUAUUGA